GGGAGAUGCCACAGAUGCUGUUCAUGUGUGGGACAGGGAGAGAGAGGCAAACACAGGGAGGGAUGAGACAUUAGGAGUCGCUGGUUCACAAGAUUACCAGAGACAAGCCACUGUUUCAGAGCUGGAAGCACAGCUGGUAUGAUGGGUGAAGAGGCUGCAGGCACUGAGCGAAACAGCAGUGGCGGUACACAAUAAGGAGCAGGAUUUGAUACACUGAAGGAUGAAAUCAUUUAAAUUCAACAAGAAAAGACAGGGAAAUUUUGAGGACUACAAGUGGAAGGCUGUUUUUUGAAUUGCAGAGAGGAAUGCCAGAGCUGCUGUUGCGCAUAUGAAAACGAAGAGCAUGUCAUCUUAUAACACUGGACACUGAGGGGAAAGUGGAGCUGUCCUGUUUAUUUUGCAUUAACAACUUGGUUGCCAAGCUACAUUAUUGUCCACGCUUAAUUUCUUUCCAGUUCAUUUUCCACAGACAAACAUACAGACUUGGAAUCGAUUUAUCACAUUUUCUGAAGUACGUCUUUCCACAUUUUUAGUGUGGAGUUCUGCAGGGAUGGAGUUGCUUGGACACGAUCCAUAGAGUGAAAAUUCAAACAAGAUGUGGACCUUCUGAGAUUUUAUAUCUCCAUUGUGUCUUUUUUAUUUGAAUACUGCAUCAAUGGAGGCUGGACACUGGCAUAAAGAGGUGGAUUGCAGAGUGGUAGACCUAUUACAACCUGCCAGGUUGGAAGUCUUGCCGAGGUGUUUGAAUCAUGUGGUCCACUGAGAGCAUGGAGCCAGAGAAAGCACACACCCAGAACAGCUUGUUCAGCACGGUGGAUGUACCAGACCAUGUUCACUACAUUGUUGCUUUUUUUGUCUUUAUAAUUGGGGCACUCGGAAUUACCGGCAAUGCCCUGGUUAUGUUCGCCUUCUACAGCAACAAGAAGCUACGUAACCUAGCCAACUAUUUCAUUGUGAAUUUGGCAGUUAGUGACUUCCUCAUGGCUUUUACACAGUCUCCAAUAUUCUUCAUCAAUAGCCUCUACAAGGAAUGGGUGUUUGGAGAUAUAGGUUGUAAGAUGUAUGCAUUCUGCGGUGCCCUGUUUGGCAUUUCCUCCAUGAUAAACCUUCUGGCCAUCUCAAUUGAACGCUAUCUGGUCAUCACCAAGCCCCUGCAAACCAUACACUGGAGCUCCAAACGAAGAACCACCAUCGCCAUCCUUCUGGUCUGGCUUUAUUCUUUUGCUUGGAGUCUGGCACCUCUGGUUGGCUGGAGCUCCUAUAUCCCAGAAGGCCUGAUGACAUCUUGUACAUGGGAUUAUGUUACAUACACAGCAGCCAAUAGGAGCUACACAAUGAUGCUGUGUUGUUUUGUAUUCUUUAUUCCACUGGGGAUUAUUUUUUACUGCUAUCUUCGGAUGUUCGUUUCUAUAAGGAAGACUAGCAGGGAAGUAGAACGUCUGGGCACCCAGGUGCGAAAAUCCACUCUUAUCCAGCAGAAGUCCAUCAGGAAUGAGUGGAAAUUGGCAAAAAUUGCCUUUGUUGUUAUUGUAGUCUUCGUCCUGUCGUGGUCACCAUAUGCCUGUGUCACACUGGUUUCCUGGGCUGGUUAUGCCAACAUCUUGUCACCAAUCUCCAAAGCUGUCCCUGCAGUCAUAGCAAAGGCUUCUACUAUCUACAAUCCUAUCAUCUACGCUAUCAUUCAUAACAAAUACAGGAUGACCUUAGCAGAGAAGUUCCGCUGCCUUCGCUUUCUGUCUCCCACCGCUCGAAAGGAGUGCUUCUCCUACUCCAUCAGUGAGUCCUCUUUCAGAGACUCAAUUGUCAGUAGACAGUCAGUAGCUUCAAGGACUCAUUUUAUCAAUGCUUCCCCCAACCACAGAAAUAUGAUAUUUAAAGAUGUGGAAAUGGAAAUCCUGGGUGGAAAAUCUGGUGAUCCCAUCAGACGUAUGUCAUCCUAUAGUCAGUCCAGCAGAUACAGGUCCUAUAAGAAACAAUUUGAGGAGAGGUCACUCAAGAUCCAUACACCAGACAAACUACCGUCCAUCAUGACUGAUCCAGUGACCUCACGUGAUCACAGUUUGAUGUCCAGCUCUUUAACCAUCGCCACUGUCCCUCUGUUGGUGCUCACCAGGAGGCGCAGUGAGAGCCUGACCAAUGACAUUUCAGAUGUUCCUGAUGAGAAGAGCAGUUUCAGGGAAAGGCACAGUAGCCACAAGAGCAACUCUUUUGAUUCCCUGAAUUUUGGCAAAAUGCAGCCGACUAAUUCCCGGUCACCUCAGAGUAUUCCGCGCAUAAUUGUCAUCAGCCCCACCUCUGAAAGUAGCCUCAUCCAUCAUGACAGUCCCUGCUUGGAGGACAGCAUUGAGGCAAUGGAAAACAGUGUUUUUGUUAGUUUAAACUUUUCAUCAGAAGUCUUUGAGGCUGUCAAACUACUCUCUUGACAAACUGGAAAUAAAAUUGUAUAGAAUUUUGUCCUCUUUCUCUGUUUUGGAAGCAAAACAGAGAAAGAGGACAAUUGCUUGUCUUUUUUUUAUCUUGUGGACUGAAAAAUCAAAGUUAUGUAUUUUAUUUUUGAAACUGAAGUGCAGUACAAAUGCUGCAAUGGCCACAAAUGAACAAUAGAAGUAGAGAAUGCAGUUUUUGCCGGCUCAGGAGAAGAAGAAACCCAAAGGGAAAUGACCGUUGCAACACAUGCUGCUACAAUGCAAUUUCAUAAGCUUGGGGCAAAAGUUUGACAGUUUUUUGCCAUGAUGAAAGUAAUCUAAAAUUUCUGUGAGCUUGGAAAUUUGUAUUCCAUGUACAUUCAAAAGGUAAUGUGUACUUUUCUGCCAGGAAAGGGCAUUUGAAAAUUUGCAAUUGGACCACAGUGUUUCUUAUUAAUCCAUCUCUGCUUUUUUUCUUAAAACUGGAAAAUGCAAACAAGAAUUUGAUACAAUGGACAAAAUAUAAGCAUAAGAAGAAAAGGAGGACAAAUCACCCUACAACCAAGAAUUUUGUCCAUCUUGAGCCAUUUGAAUCAGAAAGAAAUUGAAGGGCAGCAAAGCAAUAAUAUUAGGAUGUGAGGUUGUGCUUUAAGUGCAUAUGCUCAUUUCUUUUUGUCAUGCUUGUUCCUUUGGGCUAUACGGUCCUCUCCAACUUUUCAUUGGCAGUAAGGCAGCAGUGUAAUGAAAAAGUGAGGCUUUUCCUUCUGGUUAAAGACAGAUGUGAAGUUGUGCGGGUCUUGAAAACAAUGACAUUUUGUCUUUGGUGUCUUGUAUUGUUCAUUGUUCAGCUCUUUUUGGUCCUGGAGAGUUUAGACUAACAGCAAUGUGAUGUGAAUUGCAAUGAGCAACAUGGUUUGAUAAUGUUAUCUGGGUUUUUGCAAUGUGUAGCUUGAGCAUAUAUUAAUUGAAAACUACAAAUACAAUAAAGAAGCACACCAGGGUUCAUGCUGAUGAAGAAAUUAGAAUGUACCAUUAUUUAACCCUGGAUAACAAGGUAAUAAGACAGUAAAACUGAGGAAUUACACAAAGAAAAUUAACAACAAUCUCAAUGCCAAUUCUAAGCAUCUUCUUUUUUUGAUAGUUACAGUAGUUACAACUAUAUGAGAUGCCCCACAUUCAAGGUAAAUUUGUAUGGUACCCAAGUUAAGUGUGGUAUUGAACUUUUGUUUCAUUGCUUAUAUAGAAUAAUUGUGCAAAAUAAAAAUGAUUG